CAAUCCAAAAUACUCGAGAAAUCCCUGAUUAUUACGAAUCGUCGGUACAUCACUCCAUUUAUAUCGCAUCACCGUCUCAAUCGAAUGCGAAUUAUUACCAAUUUAAUAAGGGUGAUAUGCUUUCUGUUAUGGCUUCUCCGCAUCCUAAUACUACAAUUACUUCCACAUCUAUGCCAUCAACGCCUUCGACCCCUGCAACGCCCACUAUUGUCCCUUUUCAUAAUUUACCUUUCAUUACCGGUGUUUCUCAAUCUCAAAGUUUGACAAAUCGUCCAAGAACUUUAAAAUUCUUUCCAAAAAACGGUCGGGUUGGUACUCGCCUUACCAUCGAAGUAUAUCUUGAAUUACCAAACCCUAAUAAUGUGGUGCUUAAUCUGGCUUUUGGUGAUUUAAUGGUGGAAACUCAUAAAGUUGCUUUACCUGAAUCUCGUUAUGAACUUGUUGGUAUCGUACCUAGUCAAGACCAUAUUAAAAGUGCUAAUAGGUCUAAAGUUCCUGUAAAUAUGAUGAUCUGUAGUAAUUAUAAUAUUCCAAUUGAUAAAUGGCAUCUUGGUGAUUUUGUCUUUAAGGGAUGUUUAUAUCACCCUUAUGCCAUCUCUAACGGUACGGAACCGACUUCACCAACGACUUCAGUUACUCCUCCUCUAAAAAAUGAGAUGUUAUAUAAUAAUUCUGACGCCUAUUGUGCUCAAACAAAUGUCUAUAACUUUUAUCCUUAUGGAAACCAUAAUAAUUCUGUCGUAGAGCAACCAAUGAAAUCAAAUUUAACCGUUACGGAACAGCCACAGCCACCCUUUGAGUUACCAGACUAUCGUGAGGUCGAAAUUAUAAGCAGCGAAUCUCAGUCUGAUAUACCAAGUGACCCUUGUUCAUUUUACUCGUCAUCUGCUUCGACGCCUUAUUCUACAGCGUCUGAUGAUUCUUUUAAUGAGACUUCUAUUGAAUCUCCUAACUUAAUUUAUGCUCAGGAAAGUUCUAAGGAAACGAAUAUCGUUCCUAUUUCUCCAACAAAUGAAAGUGAUUCUA